AUGGGCUCUCAUCAUACCACAGCAUUAUGUACCCAAUGUCUUGCACCCAAACAAGAGGUACUGAUUGACCGAGUCCUAAAAAAACAAAAACAAGGUUCCAACAAUGAAAAGCCAUUAGGACACUCAAGCUCAUCCACUACCAGUGAAUUGAGAGAAGCUAUGGUGCCUCCUAAGAGAACUUCAACCAUGUCUCUGCUGCUACUACUGUGUCUUGUGACUACAAUGAAAGCUGGAAUUGCGGCCCCACAACAUCCAAGAUGCUCAAAUGCUGAGAACCAGAGCUCCCCUUCAUAUAUAACGGUGAAACUAGACACUGGAGGCUCAAAAGGAAAUUCCAGAAGAUCUGUAGAUUACCACACCCGUUCCACCUCACCUUGGGAUGUACAAUCCAACGAGGACCUUAAUAGAGUCCCCCCUGUGAUCUGGGAAGCCAAGUGCCGCUACUUAGGCUGUGUAAAUGCCGAGGGGCAAGUGGACAGCAGCAUGAACUCUGUCCCCAUCCAACAAGAGAUCCUGGUCCUUCGAAGAGAGACUGGCCAGUGCAACAACACUUUCCGACUGGAGAAAAUGCUGGUGACCGUGGGCUGCACGUGUGUCACCCCCAUUGUUCAUCAUGUGGGUUAA